GUGCGGAAGAUCUGGAGCCUCCUGAGGAUGUGGAUGUCUACAUUAUAGAUGACAACUUUACCCUAAGGUGGAGCAGCAAGAAAGAGUCACUGGGCAGUGUGACCUUUUCAGCAGAAUAUCAAAUAGACGAGACGGAGAACUGGUUAAAAUUGCCUGGGUGUCAACAUGUUACAGGGACUGAAUGCAAAUUCUCUUUACUGAACACAAGUAUGUAUGUCAAAAUGAAGUUUCGUGUAAGAGCCGAAACAGGAAAGAUUGCUUCUUCAUGGACUGAGGUUGACCCAUUCAUUCCAUUUCUCAGAGCUCACAUUGGCCCCCCAGGAGUACGUUUAGCAGCUGAAGAUCAAGCUGUAAUAGUCUACAUCUCUCAUCCCGGACAAGGUGGGAAGAUGUGGUCAAGCGAUAUUCUUCGCUUCGAGUACAGGGUAGUAAUCUGGCAGAAGUCUUCCAAUGAGACACAGAGUAUUACAACCACUUAUUAUACAGAAAAGAUUUCAAAACUGUUGCCAGAGACUACUUACUGUUUAAAAGUUAAAGCAAUACAUUCGUCCCUCGGGAAACACAGCAAUUAUAGUGCAGUGCAAUGUAUAAACACCACAGAGGCCAGUAAGAUGCCAGUGCCGGAAAACAUAGAAGUGGAUGCCCGUGGUGAGAGCUAUGUUCUGAAAUGGGACUGUGCGUCUACAGACGUGAGCUUCAGAGCGCAGUGGCUCCCUGGCUAUUUUAAAAGUAUUUCUGGAAGCUCUUCAAAUGAAUGGAAACCAAUACCUACCUGUGCAGAUGUCCAAACUACGCACUGUGUCUUUCCUAAAAACACCAUCCACACGGGACUGUUCUUUCUCCGGGUACAAGCAUUCAGUGGAAAAAGCACAUCUUUUUGGUCUGAAGACAAAUUGAUUGAUUCCCAAAAAUACACUACCAUUCCUCCUCCCGUCCUUGCUGUCACCCCUACUAGGGAUUCAUUGCUUGUCUAUGUCAGCUGUCAAGACAAUUCCAGCAGCAAGUGUCAUGGGCUAACUUAUGAAAUCAUCUUUUGGGAAAAGACUUCCAGUACUAAGAGAAAUAUGGUGAAGGAAAGCCCAGAGUUUACCAUUGAGAACCUGCAACCACAGACUGUGUAUUGUGUACAAGCCAGAGUUCUCUUGUUUGCCACGUGGAACAGAAGCAGCAGCUUCACUGAUGUGCUGUGUGAGAAAACAAGGCCAGGACAUUCUUCUUCCAUGAUCUGGAUCAUAACUGGAUUUGGCACUCUGUUUUUUUCUGUCUUCAUCCUUUAUGCCGGAAAGAACUUCCUGAAAUACCUCAAUUAUGUGUUCUUUUCAUCGCCCAAGCCUCCCGCCAGUAUUGACGAGUUUUUCUCUGAGCCGCCUUCAAAGAACCUUCUGUUUUUGACUCCUGAGGAACACACUGAGAGAUGCUUCAUCAUUGAAAACACAGACACUGUUGCUGUAACAGAAGAAAAUCACACUCCCGAGGAAGAACACAGAAAGUACACUUCGCAGACCAGCCAGGACUCGGGGAACUAUUCUAAUGAAGAGGAAAAUACCACCGGGAGCGAAAGCAGCCAAGGGCUUAGGCUAGUUCCAUGUCGGAGUCCAGGGAGCACGUCUUGCCCUCCUGGGACCUGUGAAGGGGUCCGCUUCUUGGGAAAGCAGAAGCAUCUUCAAAGCCCAGUCCUGCAGGCACAGCAGCUCUCCAGCCCUGACUCGGACGGCCAUAGUCGGGCACAAUGUGCACUCCUCUGUGAUGAGGAAGGCUUAAUGGAAGGUGGCUGCCUGAUUCUGCUGGCAGCUGAAGUCUCCAGUGCUGUCUCGGGCCACAGGUGUGUCCCUGCUGCACAUGGCCUCUGGUCUUCUCUCUCGGUGUUCAUAUUCUAGGAGAUAUCCAGAACAUACAUUUGGCUUUUUAAUACUGCCAUGCCCUAAGGUGCCUCAGAGGUACUGUUGUCUACACUAGCACUUCCUAACACCUGGCUUUCCACAGCAGUGCCUUCUGCCUAGAACUCAGAAGUCACUGAAGCCGUGGAGAAAGGGGACUCUUCGUGAGUCGAGAGUAGCUGCCCUUACAGUGUAAGAUCUCAGUGCGGCCUGGGUAAGCACGUUGCACUCUAGUGCUUGUAGGACAAGACAGACGUGGAAUCAGUCAUUCAGUGAGGAAGACGAACCGUGUACAGUCUGCCUUUUUAUUAACACCCAAUGCUGGUGUCUAUGGCUCUUGUGUGUUAUUUUAUAACACCAGGCUGACCGCUCCUCUCCAGCAGUAUUCGGAGCCCUUUCAGCACCCAUGUGCUUACAGUGUCAGCUGCUAGGGUGAAGGAAGGAUUUUGAUUGUGUGGUGCUGUCUGCGGGUGCCUGUAACAAACCUGAAAUGGAUGCCCAUGGGUGUCUUUCGUAGGCAGACAUCUGGCAACCCCAGUGGCUCCAGGUUGACUGUCAGUCCAGGUGUGGCAGGACCCAGCUGGGUGGUGGCGCCCUCCUUUAGUCCCAGCACUUGGGAGACGGAGGCAGGCAGAACGGGUGAGAAUGGUGGGCACAGCCUCACCCCGGUGUCCUCUGUACUGUGCUGCUUUAACCACCCAGGCCAGCCCCGCCCAUCCUGUGUUCCCCACGGAAGAGCUCCUUCUGACAGGACAGCCUACAGAGAAGCAAGGCCUGUCAGGAGGUGGGGAAGUGAAGGCCAGGACAUGAACAUGAAGUGUUCCAUCCCUUACAAGUACAAACACGGGUCUUCAGGAUGAGACCUCAGAACAAGUCCUCGGUGGCUGCAGCAGGUGGGGAGGGGACUUCCCUUGCCUAUUAAACCAACCACAAAGGCAGUCCCACCCCAUGCCUCUUGGUGCCUACUACAAACAGGCUGCCUGCUAAGAUGACAGGGUUGUCCUUAGGAAUGCCAUGCACCCCAGCACCCACAUGGUGGGCUCACAAAUAGCUGUCACUUAACUUUAGACGAUGCAGCUUGGGCUCCUGGUUGCACCAGGCAUGAGCAAGGUGUACUCACAUGUAGGCAAGACACCCAUACACAUAAAAGUAAAACCUUUAAACAAUUACAGAUCUAAAAAGAAAUAGCAUGCACCUGAGGGCGGGCAGACUGAGAAUCAUCGGCAGUUCCUGGAGGAGCUCAGUGCCGUCUAAGAUGAACGUGGACGUGGUCUCAGUAACGUGUGUGCAGAUGUAAACAGUGACAGGCCCAUGGACUCAUCUACACGCACCCACACAGGUGACCUGGCUACAUUCCGUUAGUAUUGCCUAGAGCCCCUGUUAGCGGUUGACUCUAAAAUAGAGCAGCUGCUCCAGACCAGAAUCAAAGAAAUCUGUAACCUAUAAAAAGGUUCAUGUGACAAAUAGCCAAGGAACAGCGGUGCCUGCUGUGUUCCCUUCCCUGAGCAGCACAGCAGGGGCCCAUUGUAUGAGCAUGUGUAUAAAGAACAGAGCCUGGCAGACAGCUUUGUAUUUCUCUUUGGGGCGGUGUCACCAAAGCCUUCCCCACCCCUGCUGUAGCCUUGUGUCCCUGGCGAGCACUGUUCCUGUUCCUUUGGAGUCCGUUUUCCUCUAGUGCAGAAGCUUCCAGCUGGGACUGAGUUCCUCACUGUGCCCCAGCCCGGUGCUAGUGCAGCGCUCAGCACAGAGGGCGCUCGGCACAGGCAGCGCUCAGGAGCCACCGAAUAAGUGAGAUCUGCAGUCGAAGCCGGUGUAGGUGCUAGUUGGUUUCGGAGGGAAAUAACCAUGUUUUUAUGUUUGUAUGCACCAAGUUUGUAUCUUGCCCUUUUGUGGGCCUGAGGCUCACUGCUGUAAAAACAAUUUUACUUAAUAAACGCUGGAGCUGCCGGGCGGGC